AUGACCUUUACAAUGUUACAGAAUAUUCGCACUAUUCCUAUUUUUUCUAGUGUUUUGACCAUGAAGUCACUGGGAUUACAGGCUGGAGGCAAAGCUGGAAAGGAUAGUGGGAAUACCAAGGCCAAGGCAGUGUCUCAUUCACAAGGAGUUGGACUACAGUUUCCUGUGGACUGCAUCCACAGACACUUGAAAACUCACACCACAAGCCACAGACGGGUGGGUGCCACUACUGCUGUGUAUAGUGCUGCAAUUCUGGAGUACCUCACUGCUGAGCUUGCAAUUCAUGGUGAUGAAGAGUUGGAUUCUCUUAUCAAGGCUACCAUAGCUGGGGGUGGUGUGAUCCCUCAUAUCCACAAAUCUCUGAUUGGGAAGAAGGGACAGCAGAAAACUGCUUUGAUGUUUGUUUUAACUAACAUUCUUCCUCCCUGUCAUUGUACUCUAACUGAGACAGAAGAUAACAAUGGCGAUAUGUGA